AUGUUUACGGGGAUAGUUGAGUGCAUGGGGACAGUGGCUGAGUAUGCUACGCAUGACACUUCCCUCUCUGGGGGAAACGGGGUCUCGUUGACUAUCAAGGACGCCUCCUCUAUUUUAGGAGACUGUCAUUUGGGCGACUCCAUAGCUGUGAACGGCACGUGUCUAACGGUGACAGAGUUCGAUACGGACACAUUCAAAGUGGGCAUCUCGCAGGAGACGUUGAAGAGGACCAAUUUAGGGGCUCUACGGGAAGGUUCCAAGGUGAAUUUGGAGAGAGCCAUUUCCGGUGAUGUUAGGUUUGGGGGUCACAUGGUCCAGGGGCAUGUUGACACUAUUGCCCAAAUUGUAGACCAGUCAAGAGAGAGCAAUUCGACGAUAUACACGUUUAAACUAAGAGACGAGGAAUUCAUUAAUUACAUUGUCCACAAGGGUUUCAUUUGUAUCGACGGUACCUCUUUGACUGUCAUUAACGUCGACUAUGAGCUCAAGACCUUCCAGAUUAUGAUGGUGGCGUACACCCAAUCCAAGGUGAUCAUGCCGUUAAAGUCAAAGGGCGACUGGGUCAAUAUUGAGGUCGAUGUGACAGGUAAACUCAUUGCCAAACAAGUCGAACUCAUCAUCAACAACCAACUAAGUAACGAUCAAGUACAGACACCAUUAAAGGCAUAUAUUGAUAGAGUUAUCGAAUCAAAAAUGAAAAAUUUAUAA